AUGAAAAAGGUGGCGGAUCGACUACAACGUUCAGGAAGUCCAAUAAGAGAAUGCAUGCCUGAUAUAUCUAUAAGUCCAGAAGAAGCUCAAAGCUUAUAUAAAUCUCUGACAGUAGGAAAUUUAGAUAAAGCUUCCAAGCUAUGGAAGAAAUACGGAUAUGUAUUUUUGGAACCUUUACAACCGAUACAGAAUUUUGAGCUUAUAAGAUCAAUUACCAAGUCCAGAGAUAAUGCAAUCGCAAGACUUGAGGCUGAAUUAAGGUUGCUUUCAAAAAGCAGACACCAUAGUGAAAUGCUAAAGAACCUUCAAGAAAAAGAAUAUGAAAUUGAGAUAUUGAGAAAUACCUUGGCCCAAAAAAACACCCAAAAUCCUGAACAAGAAGAAGUUUUCGUUGCCUCAGGGUCUGGUUUUGAAGUAGAAAUCCAAGAAAAAAACAACGAAAUUAAAGAGCUGCUAAAAGAAUACGAAAACCUUCAAUUUAAAUUUGAUUCACUUGAAAGAGAAAAAGAAGAAAUUGAGAGAGAAAGCAAUCGGUUAAAAGGAAUGCUAAUGAGAAAGCCUGAUGAUUCAAAAUAUAAAUCAGAUGGAUUUAUUAGACAAUCUCAGCAGAGUCAAAACAGCACUGCAGAUGAAGGUCAAGAAAUAGCUUAUUUAAAACAGCUUUGCAAUGAAUACUCAUAUAAAAACAGCUUUUUAGAAGCAGAAUUAAAGAUAUUCAAAGACAAGAAAGAAAGAGAUAUCUAUGAUUUAAGGGAUCAACUUUUGCAUGUUUUGCUUAAAGCACAACUAGGUGAAGAUGAAAUAGCUAAAGUAAAUAAAAGUGUUUCAGAAAUCAUUCAAUCAAGGAUAGCUGAGCAACUUGAGUUUAUCCAGCCAUCAAUUAUGGAAUCCUUAAAAAUCAAUAAUGAAGCUAUUCAGAAUGAAAAAUUCGUAAAGGAUGUUGAAUGCAUAAGACUGAACUCGGAAAUCAAAAGAUUGAGUGCGCUUAUGUCAAGUGAGAAAAUAGCUGAGCAAGAAAUGAAAAAAGUACCAAAGGACAGUUCUGGGGUUGAUCAGUGAAAAAAGAUUAGAAGGGAAAGCAUUGAGAGGGUUGAAAAGACUUACCAGGAGCAAUGCAAAGAACUAAAUAGAUGCAUAAAGGAUCUUUCUGAUAGAAAUUCAAGCCAAAUUAAAGAAAUAUCUGAGCUAAAAGAUCAGUUAAAUACUGGCAUAAGAGAAGUUACUAUAAAACUAAAAAGAGAGCACGAAACGAAAAAGCAAAUUGCUGAUCAUUUUGCUAAAGAAAAGUUAAAUCAUGAAAAAACCAAAGAGCAGCUCAGGAAGCUUAUUGAGAGUAAUAAUGCCAUUAUGCUAAAGCUUGGAGAAGAAUCAAAGAAAUUGACAGCAGAAAAGGACCAAAAAAUCGAUGAGCUUGAAUACCAAAUAGAAAAGCAUGCGGAAACUAUUAAAAAUCUCGAAUCAAAGCUACAUGAAAAUGAAUUCUCUAAACAAAAAAUGUACUUUCAAAUAAAUAAACUCAAUAAAAAAUCUCAAGAUUCAGAAAGUGAAACAGCUGUAGGAUUACAAGAACUUCAAAGGGAGAUUGACAAUCUUAAUGAUCAAAAGGAAUCACAAGCUAGAAUGCUGCAAGAUAAAGAAGAAGCAAUAGAAGAGCUUACAGAGGCAAACCAAAGACUUGAAAAAGAGAUUUUAGAUUUAGAUUAUAAAAUACAAACUCAGGAUAGCUUUAUUGAAAAACUGAAGAAAAACUUAGGAAGUGAAGAUUUGGAAAGAGAAAAUUAUGAAUUGAAAGGAGAAAUUGAAAGCCUGCAAGAUCAAAUUGAAGUUUACCAAGAAUCAACAGAUCAACUUAAAGAAGAAAUUUCAAGGCUCAGAAAUCAGUUAAUGGAAGCAGAAAAUGACUUACUCCCCCCAGUGAGCGAAGAAAAAAUUUUGUUCGAUCGCGGAAGGGGUUAAUGUUUUUUUAAAAUUUAAAAAAAAUCCCAAUUCUCAAUAAUUGGAAAGCAAAUAUUAAUUUAAUUUGUAAAAUUUAUGUUUUAAAACGCAAUUUGUUUAAAAUUAAACAGAAUUAGUUAGAGAUUUCGUUAUAUUAAUUAUCAUUUAUAUAACAAAAUUUAUUUUUCAUAAACCGCUUUUGGGCAAAAAAUAGGGAUUUUUCUAAUGGCUUAUUCGCAGAGAGGCGAGUUAGCAAACUCUAAAAAGUUUAGCGAAUCUGCAAAUGGCUUAGACGAAGAUCAGCGCUUAAAGGAAUACUCAGCUCGAUUUGAUGAUUUGGAAAAUAGGUACUCCGCAUUGUCGAAAGACUUUGAAUAUUCGAAAAAAGAAAUUAUGAGUGUAAAUGAAGAGAAAUCCAAUCUUCAGAUCUUUAACACCCAACUAUCCCACGAAAAAGAAUUACUUCUAAAUCAGAUUAAAGACCUUGAACAAAAGCUGGAAAGCGCACUAAAACGAAGAUCUAUAUUAGAACGUUCAGAUUCUAAAGAUAGGCUAAGCACUCCAAUAAAUACAAAGGAAGAAGAUGUGCAAACUGACUCAGAAAAUGGCGAUUUUGUCGAUGAAUUGAGAGGAAAGAUAAAGACUGAUGGGAAACUAAAAGAACUUCUUGAAAGCGUAAAGGUGAAAUUCACAAAGUGGAAUCAAGAAUAUUAUAUGAGACACAACAUUUCGUUUUCUACUAUAGGGGAUAUUAAUAUUUUCAUAGAUAUCUUGAUAGAAGAGCAUAAGAAGCUUAAAAACAAUGAAAAAUUCAACAUAACUGUACAGCAUAUGGAUGCUGAAGGUUCUCGACCUAUGAGCAUAGCAGAUUUUAAUACAAGGUCAUAUAAACAAAGUCUCAGUCCUCGAUCUUAUGCAGGGAAUUUUGAUAGAGACUCAGUUACAUCCUAUGAUGAAGCAGAAAGAUUCAGAAGAGGCCCUAAAUCAAGGACAUUUCGUGAAGAGCCUGAUAAUAGAUCUAUGAACGAAAGGAAUGCUAACUCCCCCGCCUUAAUGAGUAAAGUAAUUUUGAUUGAUCUAGGAGUAGGUUAAAUUUUUUUUAGAAAUUUUCUAGAAUUUAUUUUUUCUAGAAAUUAAAAAAAAAUCUCAAUUCAAUAAAACAGUCUUUUGAACUUUUUUUUCUCACACCAGUAAACUUGUUUACUGAUCUUAGCCAGUCGUUUAUUCUGUAUGGGAAUCGCGACCAGUACCAGUUUACUGCUAAGCAAAAAAUUCCAAAUGGCCAUAAUUUAAUUUGUAAAUUUUAUAAAUUUAACAAAGUUAGCCAGAGAUUUUAUUAUGACUUACAUAUCAACAUAUUUAUUAAAAUAUUUUGCUCACUCAUGGACGGUGGAUUUUUUCCGAAUAGGGAUUUUCAAAUGGUGUUACUCGCUCAUGGAGGGAAGUAAGCAAAAAGAUACUUUAGAUCCUGAUCAAUGGCAGUAUAAAACAUUUGCACCUGAGCCUAUCAAAGAUGAUGCUGACAUUAAGUCAGAUUUCCAAUCCAAAAGAUCCCGCACAAGUGUUAAUCUACCUGAUAAGCCCAAAGAAAGGCAAGAAAGGCAAGAAAGGCAAGAAAGGCAAGAAAGGCAAGAAAGGCAAGAAAGGCAAGAAAGGCAAGAAAGGCAAGAAAGGCAAGAAAGUCCUCAGAAAGUUAAAAAAGAAUAUGCUAUUGACGAAGUUCAAACUACCGAACCUUUCAUUGAUGAAAAGCCAUUCAAAGAAUCCAUCAGAAAAUUAGAAGAAGAAAAUUCAAGCCUCAAGGAGCUUGUCAAAAACCUAAAAAAAUUAGAAGAGGAAAAUGCAAGUCUCAAAGAAAGUGGAAAACGAUUAAUGCAAGAUUGUGAUGAUUGAAAAAGUUCAUUGCUAGAGCUUUGCAGUAACUUAAAAAUAAAUCCCAAUGAAGAAAAAGAAGAGAUAGCACCUAAAGAAAUUGCUAAAAAAGCGCUUGAAAUUAUAAAAAUUAAAGAAGAAACUAUAAAAAAUGAAACUCCACAAGAAUGGGCAGGGAAAGAAGAUGCAUACAUGCAGUCUAUUGAAUCACUCACAGUCGAAAAGAAAUGUUUACUUAAAAGUGUUGAAGACUAUGAAAAAGAAGUCCAGACCUUAAGAAAGCAAGCUGAUUUUUAUAAAAUCGCUGCCAAUAGUCAAAUGGGUGACACAAGAAAAAGAGACAGCAUCUAUGUAGAAGACCACUUUGAUCCUAGACUCAAAGAGCAGCAUACAAUAGAAGAGCUAGAAGCCCAAAGCAAAUAUAUGCAAGAACUAAUUAAAGAAUACAAAGAAAAUAAAGAUAGAAUCCAAGAAAAACUUCACAAUCACUGCAAAUACAUAGACAAUGUUUCUCGAUCAACUCACCAAGAAUUGCUUCAAGCUCUCUAUGAAGAACGCAAACUGAGAGAAGAGCUCGAAUACGAGCUCUCUCACAAAUGCGACUUAAUCGAAGAAUUGCUUGCAGAGCUCGAAAAUAAGAGAAGAUUCAUUCAAACCCGCGAAUACGAAUUCCAAGAGAGUAUUUCAACAAAAGACAAAGAAAUUUUAAGACUGAGAUGCCGGAGCAGGCUUUCGUUUAGUUCUAAUGAUAAGUAA